GAACAACCUAAGUGUCUCAACUCUCAACACCACCCUCAUCAUUUUCACUAGUAUCUUUCUCUUGUUCUUAUAUCCCUAUCUACUCAUUCUCAAUUCUCAAUUACUCAACCGUUUUUAUUUAUUGUUACUUAGUCAACAUUGUUAAAAAAAGACCUUGCAUAUGCAUAUGGAACUUGUAGCACAUAUAUAAAAUUAUAUAUCAUAUAUAUUUUUAUAAGUAUUUAAAUAGUGCAUAUAUAUAGUUGAAAAGAUUAUGGGAAACGUAGACUAUGAUGAUUACCCUUGUUCAGGCAUGAACGUUGAUGAGAGUGUGCAUGGUGUGGCAAUUCCACCUCCUCAACCAUUUUUGAAGUCUAUGAAGUAUUCAAUGAAAGAGACUUUCUUUCCAGAUGAUCCAUUGAGGAGGUUUAAGAAUCAACCAGCUUCUAAAAAAUUGGUGCUUGGUCUUCAGUAUUUUUUUCCCAUAUUUGAAUGGGCACCAAGCUACACUUUUCAGUUCUUGAAAUCUGAUCUCAUAGCUGGCAUCACUAUUGCUAGCUUGGCUAUUCCUCAAGGCAUUAGUUAUGCCAAACUUGCCAACCUCCCUCCAAUUCUUGGACUAUAUUCAAGCUUUAUACCACCGUUAAUUUAUGCAAUGAUGGGUAGUUCAAGGGAUUUGGCAGUUGGAACUGUGGCAGUUGGAUCUCUUCUGAUGGGUUCCAUGUUGGCCAAUGAGGUUAAUCCUACCCAAAAUCCAAAGCUUUUUCUGCACCUUGCUUUCACAGCUACAUUCUUUGCUGGACUUUUGCAAGCUUCAUUGGGUCUCUUUAGGUUAGGGUUUAUCGUGGAUUUCCUGUCACAUGCAGCCAUAGUAGGGUUCAUGGGAGGAGCAGCCACGGUGGUUUGUCUACAGCAGCUGAAAUCAAUUCUAGGACUUGAACAUUUCACCCAUGCUGCUGAUAUUGUAUCCGUCAUGCGCUCCGUUUUUACCCAAACUCAUCAGUGGAGGUGGGAAAGCGCUGUGUUGGGAUUUUGCUUCAUUUUCUUUCUCCUUGUUACAAGAUACUUCAGCAAAAAACAACCCAAGUUCUUUUGGGUGUCAGCAAUGACGCCGUUAGCGUCCGUUAUACUGGGCAGUUUGCUGGUUUAUUUCACUCAUGCCGAGCACCACGGCGUUCAAGUGAUAGGAGAAUUGAAGAAAGGACUAAAUCCACCAUCACUCACAGAUUUGGUAUUUGUGUCACCAUAUAUGACCACAGCUAUCAAAACAGGCCUUAUUGUUGGCAUUAUAGCUCUUGCGGAAGGAAUCGCUGUGGGAAGAAGCUUUGCAAUGUAUAAAAAUUACCAUAUUGAUGGAAACAAAGAGAUGAUAGCUAUUGGAACCAUGAACAUAGUUGGUUCUUUCACCUCUUGCUACCUCACAACAGGGCCAUUUUCGCGCUCGGCCGUGAACUAUAAUGCUGGAUGCAAGACAGCAGCAUCCAACAUUGUGAUGUCAAUUGCAGUCAUGUUGACACUGUUAUUCUUGACACCUUUGUUCUAUUACACUCCUCUGGUGGUACUAGCAGCCAUAAUUGUAUCUGCAAUGCUUGGACUUAUAGAUUAUGAAGCAGCCAUCCAUCUCUGGAAGAUUGACAAAUUCGAUUUUUUCGUCUGCAUUAGCGCGUAUAUGGGCGUUGUCUUUGGCAGUGUUGAAAUUGGCUUAGUCAUAGCAGUUGCUAUAUCAGUACUUCGGAUAUUGCUAUUUGUUGCAAGGCCAAGGACAUUUGUUUUGGGAAACAUUCCAAAUUCUGUAAUAUACAGAAACAUUGAGCAUUAUCCGAAUGCAAAUCGUAUUUCCGGAAUUCUAAUUCUAAAGAUUGAUGCACCAAUUUACUUUGCCAAUGCAAGCUAUUUAAGAGAAAGGAUCUCAAGGUGGAUCGAUGAAGAGGAAGAUAGAAUUAAAGAUACAGGGGAGACAAUUUUGAAUUAUGUUAUACUGGAUAUGAGUGCUGUUGGAAAUAUUGAUACAAGUGGAAUAAGUAUGCUUGAAGAGGCUAAGAAGAUGGUUGAAAGAAGAGAGCAGCAACUUGUUUUAGUCAAUCCUGGAAGUGAGGUGAUGAAGAAGUUAAACAAAUCCAGCUUCCAAAAGGAUGUAGAAGGAAAUUGGAUUUAUCUGACAGUGGAAGAUGCUGUUAGAGCAUGUAACUUUGCAUGCAAAACAAAUCCCAAAAGAGAUGAAUCAGAGGGUUGGAACAAUGUCUGAGUUAUAUAUAUAUAUAUAUAUAUCAAUGCAUAAUUUAAAGAGCUCAGAAGCUUUCUUGUUUUCUACUCAGUUAUGUAUUAUUACUAUUACAAUAUGUGGCAUGAGAGUAUGUGAAUCAUGCCACUAAAUAUUUAGAGCCAUAGGAAAAUGAAAGAUGUAUGAGUCUUCAACUUUCACAGUUGAAAGAAAUUUCCUACAUACGUUGUUGAGUUCUUAUGCAACAAUAUGCUUGUUAAUCUAUUCAAAUGCAAAGCAUUUACCAUGAGAAUUAAAAA